CUCGGCCUGAACCUGACUUCAGGCAACAACGUAUAUGUUAUGGAGCCGCAGUAUAACCCUGCCGCAGAAGCUCAGGCCGUCGACCGUGUGCAUCGACUAGGCCAGAAGCGUCCUGUGCAGACUGUACGCUACAUUAUGCGGAACAGUUUCGAGGAGAAGAUGAUCGAGUUGCAGGACAAGAAGAAGAAGCUCGCUAGCCUCAGCAUGGAUGGCAAGGGCAAGGCCCUCGAUAGAGGAGAUGCAGCGCGGCAGAAGCUGAUGGACCUGCGGAGUCUCUUCAAGUGAGUCGGCGUUGGGGAACAUGUGCUUGUGGGAGGAGGCACGGCGUUGGAUGGGUGUCAUUACGUUUUACUCGUUUCACUCUCGGCAUGCGAUGGCAUCCAAAAGACCUGGGGUUUAGGACUUUUUUCUUUCUUUUUUCACGAGGGGAUGAUACUACGACCCACCCUGGCGGCAGUGCUCUACAUUGGGCUAUGGGGUGAGACGUUCUCGGGAUCGCGAGAGGCGAGAGCGCAGCGAGGCACAAUUUUCUGAAGUGGUAACCACGUUUUUCUUCUAUGUCUACGCGGCAUUAUACCGUAGACCUUCAGGGCCUAAUUCCUUCUGCAUCUAGGUAGAUUGCACGGGCAGG